UCUGGUGGCGGCUACAUGAGACUCUUCAGUGAGAAGUGGCUGUGUUUAAGGUCCAUGAUGAACCCAGAGAACCCUCCGCCAUAUCCAGGCCCAGGCCCAACGGCCCCAUAUCCACCUUAUCCACAACCAGCAAUCGGGCCUAUGGGGGGGCCCUACCCACCUCCUCAGGGGUACCCCUACCAAGGAUACCCACAGUAUGGCUGGCAAGGUGGACCUCAGGAACCUCCUAAGACCACAGUGUAUGUGGUAGAAGACCAAAGAAGAGAUGACCUGGGUCCAUCCACCUGCCUCACGGCCUGCUGGACUGCUCUCUGUUGCUGCUGCCUUUGGGACAUGCUCACCUGAUUGGCCAGCCCUCCUGCCGUGCCAGCUCUGCCACCACGUCCCACAGGUGUCCUGCCCCCGUCUCUUCUGAUUGCUGUAAUAAAUGACUAGCUCCGCACAGGCACCUCUACUUUCAACACUGGGAAUCUAUAGAUUAGUGAUGGUUGCUGCUGUUUAAUUCAGUGACUUGAUCUUUUUAAUGUUCAAAAUCCAUUUCUUAUUGAUCUGUAACAAAAGUGCUAAAUGACUUUCCUUGUAUUUUUUUGGCCAAAGGCUUAGUUAUAAAAUAUAUAUUUAUAAUUUUAAAAUUAUACAUUCAAGGUAAUGGCAAGGUGUAAGACACCACUGAAUGAUUUCUUUGCUCAGACCCUGUAUGUUUCAAUAAAUCUGCCCAAAAUUCA